AUGGCUGAUGAAUCACCUCCUCCCCCUCCCCCUCACGGCAAUCCGCCGAAAUCAUCGGGGUUACCACCAGGAAACUAUGACAUUUUCAUCAUUCCACCGCAUGCUUCUGGAUCAGGAUUUUUAUAUUUACCUUCACUGCAACCAAAUGUCAACAGUUUCGUAGCCGGUUUUGCAUCAGCGCUUAUACUUGUCGCGUUAACUUUUAUUUUAAAACCACUGUUGCAUAGUCUGAAAGGAGGUGGAGGGCCAGCAACCGUGAUUCUCAUGUUUGCGAUUGGGUUGGGAGCUUGGGCGUUAGGGCGAAUGCAAUCGAAUGGUGAAAGCAGGCCCGGACCAAGUCAAGGACCCCGUGUACCUCCGCAUGGUGGAUCAUACUCAGGUGCCAAUAAUAACACUUAUUCUAAUGGAUCGGCUUCAGGCGGUGGGCCCCGGGCUUCAGGAACUGGAUUUUCACCUGGAUCCACACCAGAGGGGGCUGGGGGACCUCAACCUAAUUCGCAAACCGGAUCAGGAACAAGACAAAGAACAAAUUCAGGUUGGGAAGAAACUCCUCCUUCUUCUCCUGAUGCUGGUCCAGAGAUGCCGGGCGCAACACCAAGGGAAAGUCCUGGCACAACCCCUAGCGCAAACAAUGACAUUCGAUCGAAACAAAAUGCCUCGAGAACUACCUGGGAAGAAGCUCGAGAGAGGACGAGAAAGAAGGAAGAGGAGAGAAAGAAGGCAGAGGCUGAGAGAAAGCGAAAGGAAGAUUUGGAAAAGCGAUUGAAAGAAUUACGAGCGAAGGAGGCCUUGGAACGAGCGAACCGCGAAAGAAAACAAAGGGAAGCCCGCGAAGCUAAGGAACGAAUGGAAAGAGAGAUACGAGAAGCCAAGGAACGAAGAGAUAGGGAAGAAUUAGAAGCUCGGGAAAAGAGAGAAAAGGCGGCGAGGGAGAAGGAGAGGGAGGAAAAUGAAAGGAUAGCGAGAUUGGAAAGGGAAGAUCAAGUGGCGCGAGAGAGAAAGGCAAAGGAAGAACGCGAAAUUCGAGAACGAAUACAAGCAGAGGCCGAGGCUAAAGCAAGAGCGGACUACGAUAGGAGGUUGAGAGAGGAGAUAGCUAGGAGAGAAGUUUUAAGGAAAGAGGAGGAGGCCAUCAGAAGAGAACAGGAAAUGUUACGAUUAGAAGCUAUAGCUAGAGUGGAAGCAGACAAGAAGGCCAGAGCAGAGAAAGAAAGAGCAGAUGCUGAAGCCAAGGCAAAGGCUGAAAAGGCAAAGGCGGCUGCGAAAGCAUGGGCUGAUGCUAAGGCGGCGGCGAUUGCGAAACGAGAAGCCAAAGCUAGGGAAGAACGUGAGAAGGAAGUAGCGGCACAAAUACGAGAGGUUAAGCUCAAGGAAGAACGCGAGAAGGCAGCCGAGAUAGCAGCACAAAUGAGAGAAGACAAAUUUAGGGAGGAGCGUGAACGAGCAGCACAGAUCGAAGCACAAAUGAGAGAAGCCACACUUAAGGAAGAACGUGAAAAGGCAGCCCAAGUAGCAGCACAAAUAAGAGAAGCCAAACUCAAGGAAGAACGUGAAAAAGCAGCCAGAAUCGAAGCUGCACUUGCCGCUGAGAGGAGAAAACCAAGCACUUAUGCGAAUGCUGGUGUAGGAGAGAGAAUAAGUCCUUGGCCAACUGGAAGACCCCCCACGACAACACCAGCAUUUCCUACCACAACUUCGAUACCCCGACCUCAAGCACAACCUCUUUCACCCAAGAGAACCCCAGCCCCCGCUGCAAGAACGUAUGCAGGUACAGACAAGGAUGGCCAGUUCCACUCAUCUUAUGCACAACCGCCAAGACCAAGCCGGAAAAAGUCCCUCAAUUCAUUAUAUUCCGAAUCUUCAUACGCAGCUUCACAAUCAACUUGUAAAACUACUCCACCGCCUUCGACCAGAGGAGCAUAUAGUACCAAGGAUCCUGAUAAGAUUGUUAUCAAAGGUGUAUUCGCAUUCAAUAACGCAUUCCACAAAAACCCUACAUCUCAACUUUUAUCCGGUGUGGGUUCUGUUACCGACGGACUAAUAUUAAGAAUUACAACCGAGGGUCUUUUCAUCGAUGAUGAUGUACGAGGUGUCGCUCAAAGAGAGUGGGAUAUCAAAGCAUGGACAAUGAAACUCGUAGAGGUAUGGUGUCCAUCUUUCAGACAAGCAUCGCGUGUUCCACCCGCAACUACAGCUCACAAAAAUCCCGUCCGACGCCUUUGGGGUCUCGAUAAAGAAUUAGCAGCUAGUGAAGAGGAAAAAGAUACUCUUCUAACGGGUGAGAGUAAAACUGCCGGGUUACAUAUUUUGAGAGCGAGCAUUAGGGACCAGGAGGGCAAGAAAUAUGUUUUUGUGGUGCAAGAGAGUGAGGCGUGGAAGGUGGCGUUAGGUUUGCAGAGAUUGAGGAGGGGUACUCAGGUGAGGAGUCUGGGGGUUAGUGGUAUGAGUCCGAAUGAUGCGAAGGCUACGUUGGAGAAUUUGGGUUGGAUUUGA